CGGUGAUGAUGUGCUUGCGAUCGCGCGUGUUGCUGUUGCAGUGGCUCCUCGUGGCCGGUUGCCCGCGCGACUCAUUCGCCUUCACGGAGGAGCCCGCGGACCGGGCGGCCAAACCGGACGCUUUCUGCAGCUGGAUCUUACGGGCGCAGCCGCAGGGCGCGCGGAAAGAGGGACACAGCGAGUUCAGGCUGCGCGUGGAGGGAGAUCCGGACAACUACCAGCCCGGCAGCACUUACAGAGUGACAUUAUAUGCAACCAACCCUGCAUACUUCAGAGGCUUCACUCUCAUUGCUCUAAAGGAGGGGAGGAACGGGGAAAAAGAGGAGGAUUAUGCAGGCACUUUUCAGAUCAUCGAUGAAGAGGACACACAGUUUAUGACUAAUUGCCCGCCUGCCGUGACUGAGAGCACCCCUCGUAGGAGGACCAGAAUACAAGUGUUCUGGACAGCGCCCUCGCCAGGCAACGGCUGUGUACUGCUGAAGGCGAGCAUCGUUCAGAGGAAAAUCAUCUCCUUCCAGGAUGAGGGCUCACUCACAAAGCGAAUGUGUGAGAAAGAGCCGCUAUAUGGAGAGGCCACAGACAAACCGCUACUGGAUUGCUGUGCCUGUGGGACGGCCAAGUACAGGGUUACUUUCUAUGGGAACUGGUCAGAGAAGCUGCAUCCAAAGGAUUACCCCAGGAGAGCCAACCAUUGGUCAGCCAUCAUCGGUGCAUCCCACUCCAAGAACUAUGUGUUGUGGGAAUAUGGAGGAUAUGCAAGUGAAGGAGUGAAACAGGUUGCAGAGCUAGGCUCCCCUGUCAAGAUGGAGGAGGAGAUUCGACAGAAGGGUGAUGAAGUACUGACGGUCAUUAAGAUGAAGGCCCAAUGGCCUGCCUGGCAGCCACUGAAUGUACGGGCGGCCCCAUCAGCGGAGUUCUCAGUGGACCGCACACGUCACCUCAUGUCCUUCCUGACCAUGUUGGGGCCCAGCCCUGACUGGAACGUGGGCCUCUCAGCCGAGGACCUCUGCACCAAGGAUUGCGGCUGGGUCCAGAAGCUGGUCCAGGACAUGAUCCCGUGGGAUGCAGGCACUGACAGUGGGGUCACUUAUGAGUCUCCCAACAAGCCUACAUUCCCCCAGGAGAAGAUUCGUCCUCUCACUAGUUUGGAUCAUCCCCAGAGCCCAUUUUAUGAUCCAGAGGGGGGCGCUAUAACACCAGUGGCCAGGGUGGUUGUGGAGAGAAUCGCCCGCAAGGGUGAGCAGUGCAACAUCGUGCCUGAUAACGUGGAUGACAUAGUGGCAGAUAUCGCUCAGGAGGAGAAGGAGGAAGACGACACUCCUGAGACAUGCAUUUACUCCAACUGGUCACCGUGGUCAGCUUGCAGCUCCUCCACCUGUGAGAAGGGAAAGAGGAUGAGGCAGAGGAUGCUAAAGGCCCAGCUGGAUCUGAGUGUGCCCUGCCCACACACUCAGGACUUUGAGCCCUGUAUGGGACCUGGCUGCAGUGAUGAGGAUGCUACAACAUGUAUGAUGUCGGAGUGGAUCACUUGGUCGCCGUGCAGUGUGUCGUGUGGACUGGGCAUGCGCUCCAGAGAGCGCUAUGUAAAGCAAUUUCCCGAAGAUGGUUUCGCCUGCACCCUGCCCACUGAGGAGACAGAGCCAUGCACAGUCAAUGAGGACUGCUCUCCUAGCAGUUGUCUGGUCACAGAGUGGGGCGAGUGGGAUGCCUGCAGUGCCACCUGUGGGCUAGGCAUGAAGCGUCGGGAGCGCAUGGUGAAAAUGCCCCCAUCUGAUGGCUCCAUCUGUGGGGCAGAGGUGGUGGAGGUGGAGAAGUGCAUGAUGCCAGAGUGUCAUACCAUCCCAUGCUUACUGUCUCCAUGGUCUGACUGGAGUGACUGCAGUGUGACAUGUGGUAAGGGCACACGCACUCGCCAGCGCAUGCUCAAAUCCCCCGUGGAACUGGGAGAGUGCAGCGAAGAACUGGAACAAGUGGAGAAAUGCAUGCUGCCAGAGUGCCCUUCAGACUGUAUGAUGUCGGAGUGGUCGGAGUGGUCCGAGUGUAACAAGUCAUGUGGUAAGGGUCACAUGAUCCGGUCGCGAAAGAUAAAGCUGGAGCCUCAGUUCGGGGGUGACCCCUGCCCCGAGUCCAUCCAGAGGAAAAAAUGUAAGAUCAGAAAGUGUAACCAAGGCAGUGAUGAGAGGAAAAGACGCAACGAAGCUCGCAAGAAGAGAAAGAACAAAGAUGGAGCUGAUGAGCUAGCAGGAUGCAAAAUGAAGCCGUGGUCUGGAUGGACUGACUGUACCAAGUUGUGUGGCGGGGGGAUCCAGGAGAGGCUAAUGACAGCCAAGAAGAGAUUCAAGAGCUCACAGUUAACCAGCUGCAAGGACAGGAAGGAGAUCCGGGCCUGUAAUGUUCAUCCCUGCUAGGGUUGCAGAGAAUCACGGGAAGGGACAUGUUUUGGCUCGGGGACGGGAUAUAAUGUCGAUCACUGGCUUUCAGUGGUGCAGGGCACUCUGUUUAGGGAUGGCAUGGGGCAACAGUUUGGAAUUUUUAUGUUUUUAUUUUUAUUUUAUUUUAUUAUUUUUUAUUUUUUACUAGAAUAUAGGAUAGUGACCCACAAUUUAUUGGAAAAAAAGGAAUGAUGCGAGGUGCUUAGAAUUGCUGUUUAAAAUACUAUUCCAUUUCUAGUACAUUUAUAUCUGAUUGUUGAAUUACCUUCUAUUGAUACGGUGUGGAGUGGUGAGAUUUAGAGAAGUAAAUUUUACACAGUGCUGACCAUGGCAUAUAAAAUAUCAUUUAUUUUGCAAUGAGCAGCAAAAACGUUAUUGUUUCAUACUCACUGAUCUGAAACAGAAAUGAAAUUGUAUCAAAUCAUAUCAUUUUCUGUUUUCGCCUCUCAGAUGUGUUGUACCUGUUUGAGUCAUGGUCUUGGAUAAAUAUUACGCCCAGUGCUGCACAUAGUCAUUGGUGGGGUUCUCCAUAUAAAUACCUACUUCGCCUAUGGGCGGGAGACUGGCAUUGUGUGGUCUUUUUUAUGGAGUGUUAGCUGACUGAUGGCGAGUAAACAUUAUUCUUUUUUUGAAUAUUCCAUAAUCAUAAUUUACUUUCACACUUCUGUACUAGCAUUACAAACAGUCUACAGUUAAAAAAGGACUUAAAACACAUCACAUCAGUGCACAACCACUUCAGAAAUGGCAUUGGGAAAAGUACUGACCGCCGUGCCCUUUUGAAGCUUUCUACAGCAAUGAUUUGUUUAAAGAAGUAUACAUAGCCAUAAACACCAUGUAAAUGCAAGAUCAAAUGCAAGGCCCCAUCUUUUCAGCCAAGGCAAAAAUCUAAAGCAUUAGAAUGAAGGCACUCAACUGAAUGGUGGUACUACAGGAUGGAAGGCUCUGGAAGUUUUUACUCAAUUCUCCGAGUGCCAGUGUGUUCACUCUACUCUUCAGCCAUCGGGUGAACAGUGAGACUGUUUAUGUCAUUAUUUAAUUUGGACAUUUUUAGAUCUUGGACUCAUUUUAGAGGUAAUUUUGCCGUGCGUGAAACCUAGCUGUGCUAAAUAUAGAAUAUAUGAAUAUUCUUUUUGCAAGAUUAUUGUAAAGUUGUUGUUUUAUGAUAUUCUUAAAAGACAAUAAUGGAUAUAAACCAAUUCAGAUAAAUAAUAGAAGUGUUUUACCGUAUCAUAUGUUAUAUCCCACAUAUAUAAAAGCACAGCUAACCAGCCAUUCCAGCAUUUUUAAGCCUCAAAAAAUGCUCUUUCUAGAGAAACAAAUCUGUGGUGUAUUUUUACCUGGCUGUAAUACGUAGGUGCCAUAUUACUGGUCUCCCUUUGAUUUUGUGCAUUUUUCUUGAUCCCUCUUAAUUCUUCCCCAGGAAAUUUUUUGAGAUUGUAAUCCAAGAUUCUUACCAAAGUGUUGUGUAGAUGUUUUAUAGUUGUCUUUCACCAUCUUUGCUCCCUCUGACAUAAAAAAAUUAUAAUAUUUUGGAAUAUUCCACCUUUACAAUAAAAGUGAAUGUGACAAAGUG